AUAUGCUGUUAUCGAAUCCAAAUGAUCCAUCUUCUUCUCUAACUCCAUCUCAGGACUCGUGAUCUUCCGAUGAACAACGGUCAAGAUGAGUCUUGAGCCAGAGAGCCCGUUGAGAGAUUUCUCCGUCCAAGCCAGCUAGCAUCUCGGCUCUGGAGCAGCUCAAGACCUAUGCUAUUGACCAGAUUGUAUACUUGUUCAAGGGAUUAAGUUCUGCUUUGAACUCUGAUUGAUUAUCACCAGUAUACACGAAAGAAGCAGCAUUGGGUGAUUGGCCUUAACAUUCACACAACUCCUGUUGAGAUGCAUGAGAAGCUUUCUUUUCCCAAAGCUGAAUGGCCACGAGCUAUCACCGAGUUAUACAGUUUGAAUCAUCUUUCUUGAAGAAGCUGCUGUUCUCAAUACUUGUAACGGUAUGGAGAUUUAUGUUCUGCCUCUAUCUCAGCACCGUGGAGUCAAAGAAGUCACUAAAUGGAUGUCUAAGACAAGUGGAAUCCCAGUUUCAGAGAUUUGUCAGAACCGUUUCCCGCAGACAAGUGGAUUUCUGCUGUGGUCUUUUGUUCUUUAGUGAGGUAUCUGGACCACUGAUUGUUAACCUCCUUCUUCGUCUCAAAUGGUACUCCCAAAAGUUCGUUAAAGGACAAUGGGAUAAAGAAGACUGUGUUGCUGAGUUGAACAAUUACAUAGACCGUCUCUCGAUAUUGUCUUUGGCAAAUACUAACAGAAAACUACCAGAUAUACUUGGUGAGCUAACUGCUAUCAGGAGCACAAUCAACGAUCGGACACAUAGCUCACAGCAUGUUAUUCUUACUUUACAUAUAGAUAGGGAUGUGUAUGAAUGUGUAAGCCUUUUUGACGGAUUAGCUUACGUAUUUUAUGACAAAUUGAAAAGCUAUGGGUCAGAACCAAAAGUUGUGUUGGUCACUGGCAAUCGUCUGUAUUUUUCUAAUACAAUGGGUGAUUAUGGUAUUGUGGAAGCUACAGCCCCCAACUUUAAGUUGCAGAUCUUGAGAAACCCAACGUAUAGAAGCUAUGUCAGUUCAGAGAAACAGGGAAGAAGCAAGAGAGGAGAGAUGCACAUGAAUAGCCAAGAAGAUGCAAGAACUUAACAAAGAGCAGAUUAGGCAAAGUCACUAGCUUUAGCUGCUCGAGAGAAGCUCAGAAAAGCGAGGAAGAGUCAGGUGAAGCGAAGGCAGAAGUCUCUGUCAAUUGAGGCGGAAAGGGAAAUGAGUGCCGUGAUGGAAUUCAUGGACCAUAGUUACCUACAAUGUGGUCAUUGAAACAAAUGGAAUAUUUAUUUAGGGUAAUACAAUCAGAGAGAAUAAAACAAAGAUGUGUUCACUACUAUCAUUUUAUAAGGAUUUACUAGAUCUUGA